GUUGCUCACCUGUUCUGCUGGAGCGCUCAUUCACAGAGCGCGCGAGCUCCGUGCAGCAGCAGCCAGAGCGUCGGGGGCGCGCUGCCAUUCCGACACUCAUCCCCGGUGCGACGGAACGAGGCAUGCGGCAACAACCCUCGGAUAUUAACCGUUAAUACUCCUCCCACCUCUGGGGAAAAAAAGAGGUUCAUUUUGGGUCGUGGCUCCAAACACGAACCACCGCAGCACGGAAGGACCGUGAGUCGGCAAAGUGCAGCCGUUAACGCCACGUCGACUAAAACAAACAAAUAAAAGCUCACAACAGUUGUUUCUCUCUUUCUUUGGAUUUUUUUUUUCGGUCCGAACCGGAGUUUUUUUUAACGCCGUGAGCCAUGCUGGACCCGUCCUCCAGCGAAGACACCGGCGGGGAGUCCGACCCUGAAGUUGUCCAGGAGACUCCCCGAAAACCAGCCGCUAGCUCGGCGGGGAAACGUGGGAGCAGCGGCCGGGCAGGCGGCCAGCGGCGACGGUCCCCUGCACCCGGAGGUGCCCCCGGCAAAGGUGCUAAAGACAGCAACGCUACUGUUGAAGAGGAAGAGGAGAGGAACGAGCGCGAGCGGAUCCAGAAGGAGGAACAGGAGAGGAAAAUUAAACUGCAAAUAUAUGUGUUCGUCCUGCGGUGCAUAGCCUACCCGUUCAACGCCAAGCAGCCCACCGACAUGGCCCGGCGGCAGCAGAAGGUGAACAAGCAGCAGCUGCAGGCGGUGAAGGAGCGUUUCCUGGCCUUCCUCAACGGGGAGACUCAGAUCGUGGCGGACGAAGCUUUCUGCAACGCCGUGAGGAGCUACUAUGAGGGCUUCCUGAAGAGCGAGCGUGUUUCCCGGAUGGUUCAGAGCGGUGGCUGCUCGGCCAACGACUUUCGCGAGGUCUUCAAGAAGAACAUUGAGCGGCGCGUCCGCAGCCUCCCGGAGAUCGACGGCCUGAGCAAAGAGACCGUGCUGAGUUCCUGGAUAGCCAAGUACGACGCCAUCUACCGGGGGGACGAGGACAUGCGGCGUCAGCCACAGCGGGCGCACCUAAGCGCCGUGUCGGAGCUCAUCCUCAGUAAGGAGCAGCUGUACGAGAUGUUCCAGCAGAUCCUCGGCGUCCGCAAGUUCGAGCACCAGCUGCUGUACAACGCCUGCCAGCUGGACAACGUGGACGAGCAGGCGGCUCAGAUCCGCAGAGAGCUGGACGGAAGGCUACAGCUGGCCGAAAAGAUCGCCAGGGAGAGGAGAUACCCAAAGUUCGUCUCCGCUGACAUGGAGCCUCUCUACGUGGAGGAGCUGCGCUCGGCGGUCAACCUGCUCAUGGCCAACCUGGAGAGUCUGCCGGUGUCCAAAGGAGGUCCGGACUUCAAACAGAAGCUCAAACGCUCCACCAUGAACAAUUCCUUCCUGGACAUGGGAGACGAGGGGGACAUCCUGUCCAAGUCUGACGUCGUGCUGUCCUUUACCCUGGAGAUUGUGAUCGUGGAGGUCCAGGGCCUGAAGUCUGUGGCUCCAAACAGGAUUGUUUACUGCACCAUGGAGGUGGAGGGAGGAGAGAAGCUGCAGACAGACCAAGCUGAAGCCUCCAGGCCGCAGUGGGGGACUCAGGGGGACUUCACCACGACUCACCCUCUGCCCUCGGUCAAAGUGAAGCUGUUUACAGAGAGCACUGGGGUCCUGGCUCUGGAGGACAAGGAGCUGGGCCGGGUGAUCAUGAAUCCAACUACGAACGGGCCGAAGCAGGCCGAGUUCCACCGGAUGGUCGUCCCCAAGAACAGCCAGGACACAGAGCUGAAGAUCAAGCUGGCUGUCCGCAUGGACAAACCCCCCAACAUGAAGCACAGCGGGUACCUGUACGCCCUGGGACAGAGAGUCUGGAAACGCUGGAAAAAAAGAUAUUUUGUUCUUGUUCAGAUGGCUGCAGGAAAUAAAACAUCUGCUCACGUGUGCAGUGUAAGGGACACGGGAGUCAGUACACAUUGCCAUGUGCAGCUACGAGAGAAGAAGGCCGAGCCCCAGGAGCUGAUGCAGCUGGAGGGCUACACGGUGGACUACUGUGACCCUCAACCAGGCCUGCAGGGCGGCCGGGUGUUCUUCAACGCGGUGAAGGAGGGCGAUCUGGUGAUGUUUGCCUGUGACGACGAGCAGGACCGGAUGCUGUGGGUCCAGGCCAUGUACCGAGCCACCGGGCAGUCCUACAAACCGGUCCCACCGCUGCAGAACAAAACCACAAACUGCAAAGGAGGACUUCAGAAACCGGCGUCCCCCAUCAGUCUGGAUCCGUCUCAGCGUCAGGGCGUGGAGGAGCUGAUCUCUGCAGCCCCGUGUCGAUUCGACCACGCCGGCCUCUUCAUCAUUUUACAGAAACACACUCUGCAGCACCGCAUGAACGACUCCUUCUCCUGCCUGGGUUGGUUCAGUCCAGGUCAGGUGUUCGUCCUGGAUGAGUACUGCGCCCGGUACGGGGUUCGAGGCUGCAGCCGUCACCUGAGCUACCUGAAGGAUCUGAUGGAUUAUUCAGAGAACAACGCGCUGGUCGACCCCACGCUGCUGCACUACAGCUACGCCUUCUGCGCCUCCCACGUCCACGGAAACAGGCCCGAUGGGAUGGGGACAGUGACUGUGGAGGAAAAAGAGCAGUUUGAGGCCAUCAGGAGUCGCCUCAUGGCUCUGCUGGAGAACCAGAUCACACACUUUAGGUACUGCUUUCCCUUUGGACGGCCAGAUGGGGCCCUGAAGGCAACGCUCUCGCUGCAGGAACGGGUUUUGAUGAAGGACAUCACCACGCCCGUUCCUCCUGAGGAGAUGAAGAAACUGGUGCAGAAGUGUCUGGAGAACGCAGCUCAAAUCAACUACAGUCAGCUGAUCGACUACGCUCAGAUCAAGGUGGACCCUCAGGCUGCUCCGGAGAAGCGACUAGAGGACAUGAUGCGACUGGGAGAGCUCUGCAUCGAAGUCCUGCAGCAGAACGAAGAACAUCACUCCGAGGCGUUCUCGUGGUGGCCAGAGUUGAUGGCCGAACACGCCGAGUCCUUCCUGUCUCUGUACAGAGCCAACAUGGACGCCGCUCUGCAGGUCCAGCCUGUCGACUCCUGGGACAGCUUCCCGCUGUUCCAGCUCCUCAACAACUACCUGCGAACUGACGGUCACUUGUGCAACGGGACGUUCCACAAACACCUGCAGGACCUGUUUGUCCCCCUGGUGGUGCGCUACAUCGACCUGAUGGAGUCCUCCAUCGCCCAGUCCAUCCACCGAGGCUUCGAGCAGGAGACCUGGCAGUCCGUCAAUAACGGCUCGGCCACCUCGGAGGAUUUGUUCUGGAAGCUGGAUGCUCUGCAGAUGUUCGUGCUGGACCUCCAUUGGCCGGAGCCUGAGUUUGCCAAACAUCUGGAGCAGAGACUCAAACUGCUGGCGAGCGACAUGAUGGAGGCCUGUGUCAAGAGAACCAAAUCUGCAUUUGAUUCCAAAAUGCAGAAAGCGAGUAAGUCAACGGACUUCCGGGUGCCGUUGUCCGUCUGCACCAUGUUCAACUUGCUGAUGGACGCCAAGAAGCAGUGCUCCAAGCUCUGCGUGCUGGACACCGGUCAGGAGAUUGACAAACAAUGGCAACAGUACCUCAAAAUCGAUGUUCUGAUUGACGAGGCGUUCAAAGACAUGAUUUCCUCCUCGUCCACAAGGUAAAACGCCUUUUUAGCCAGCGUCCUCUCCAAACUCUCGAGAUACGAUGAAGGGACAUUCUUCUCUUCAAUCCUCUCUUUCACAGUGAAAACUGCUGCCAAAUAUGUGGAAGUCCCUAAACCAGGGAUGGAUCAGGCCGACACCUACAUCACCUUCGUACGGCAGAACCAGGACAUCCUCCGAGACCGCGUCAACGACGAGCUCUACAUCGAGAAGGUGUUUGAACAGUGGUACACGGGCUCCAUGAAGGCGGUGUGUGUUUGGCUGACGGACAGACUGGACCUGCAGCUGCACACGUACCAGCUGAAAACACUCAUCAGGAUUGUGAAGAAGACCUACCGGGAAUUCCGGCUGCAGGGCGUCCUGGACGUCACGCUGAACAACAGAGCUACGAGACGGGUCAACCGGCUGACGGUGGAGGAGGCCAACCGCCGCCGUGAAGGCGGGCGACGGCCUCAUGCCUCAGCAUGA